AUGACUGUAUUUCACCAUGUGCCAUUGCAGAUGUUGCAAUUAAAUGAUAACAUGAUGGGCUACCCUCAAGUGAACAACGAACAGUAUCAGAAGCUCGGGGCCGUAAGUCUCGGAGCUGUUGAAAGGACAGAAAUGGAUGUUGGAGCUGUGAAAGGCGACCUUUUAGCAGAUUUAUGGCUGAUGCCAUCCAGCCACGAUUGCGCAUCUUCAGCGUCUAGUACCCCUAGUUCGUCGUCACCUAGUCAUAAUAAAAUGUGGAAAUCACCAGCUCUGGUAACACCACCAUUGAUGAGCCAGACAAAUGGAAAUUAUGGGUACUUAGCGGGCAGGGGAGUUGUCCCUCAAGCUAAUUGUGGGUUGAGAGACAGUAUAGAGUAUAAGCCAAUCUCUGGCAACACGGCUUUCAAUGAUUUGCCAGCAUUGACAGAAGAGAAUUUGAUGUACAGCACAAAUACUAGUACGUUUGUUUAUCCUGGUAGAAGCUCCUCUUUGUCAGACCAUUCAGACGAGAUUUUCAAUUUCGAACAACAACAAUUUCAACAACAACAAUUUCAACAACAGCAACAGCAACAAAAGCAACAACAACAGGCAUUAUUGAACCAACAGGCUGCUCAGUGUCCCAGCAUUCAACAGACACAACAACAGAAGAACAAACAAUUGAAUGUGAAUACACAAUUGUACAAGACUGAAUUAUGUGCUUCUUACAUUAAGAUGGGAAUCUGUCCUUACGGAAAUAAAUGUCAAUUCGCUCAUGGUGAGAAUGAGCUUAAGUCUGUAUCCAGACCUCCAAAAUGGAGAUCAAAGCCUUGUGCUAAUUGGUCCAAGUUUGGCUCAUGCCGUUACGGCAACAGAUGUUGCUUCAAACACGGAGAAUAG